GGUUUAAAGGAAUUAUAAUGAAUAAAUUUUUAAGAAAAAUUAUAAGUAAUAAAGAACUUAAAGAUGAAUGUAAUAAGGCAUCUAUUAUACAUUAUUUUGAAGAAAGAUUAAAUGAAUUUCAUUCAGAGUUCUCAGAUAAAGAAGUAAAAGUUACUAGUUCCAACUAUGUUGCCGAUAGAUUAUUGGCUAACCUAGAAGCAUUGUUCUUACAUGGCCUUAAAGAAACGUUUAUCAGUCAGUUAUCAACAGUAAUUGGUAACGAUGUGGACAAAACUAUGGAUAUCAAUUUUUGGCACUGUCUUCUUGUACUAUCUCCAAGUGGUGUGGUAGAUCAAAUUAACUCAUUAAAACAUGUUACAACAGAUGUAGGAAAAUGCAGAGCUUGGAUUCGCUGUACCCUCAACGAUUGCGUUUUUCGUAGUUAUUUAAUGUCUGUUGUUAAAUAUCGUCGAUAUAUUGUUAAGUUUUAUAACAAGACAGCAAUUAUACGGGACCAUGAAAGUUUUGAAAAGAUAAUUGCUUUACUAGAAAGCAUUGAUCAGUAUCAUUUUGAACUCACUUUAAACUCAAGUCUUCUUAAUACAUGGCCCAAUAGCACAUUGAUGUUGGCUGGUUACUGGACCCCAGCUCUUAAAAAUAACCCAUUACACAACAAUAAUCCUCAGAUAGCUGAAGCGGUGGAUGUUAAUGAUACUGAUGAAGCAAUACUAAUAAAUGAUCAUAAUAGAUCAGAAGAAAGCUAUACGUCAUCUUUAUCUUCGUCAUUUGUUGAUUCAGAGUUUUUGCGUAAACCUCCCAUUAUGAUGGAUGAAGAAAUUGGGUGGCAAUUGAUAAUGAAGCAACCUUCUACUUCUUAUGUAUCUCCUAGUCUUACCAAAGAUAUACAGUCUGUUGAUGUAUUGAAAGAAGACAUUUCUAAUAGUGACAUUUCAGUAACAAAACCUCAUGAGAUAGAAACGAAAGAAGUUGAAAAUUCAUCAGAAGUACCAAAUACUGAACACAAAGCUGAAAGCUUACCAAAUGAAGAAGCUAAAUAUAAUGUCCAAAGUUUCAAUGAAUUAUUAGAAUCUUAUAAUUUGAGAGUGAAAAGUUUGUCUGAUAGCCCUAAAAUGGAAGAUUUAUAUAAACAAUUGACUGUCCCACAAAUUAUCGAAGAGAAGCAUUUCACCGAACCUGAAAUUUUAAAUGAUGAUGAUGAAUCUUUUGUUGAGGUAUCAAUGCAUCCCGAACGUUUGAGUUUAGAUCUUUUAAAACAAUAUUUAGAAUAUUUAUUUACUCCUCCAAAGGAACUUGGUUUAAAUUCUCAGGAUUUUAUGUGUAAAAGUUGCAACGAAGCAAUUGGCAUUGAUUUUGGAGAAUAUUAUAAAUGCAAUUUCACGGCAUGUUAUUAUUGUGUACACUGUUUUGGAUCAGAAACUUGGGCAAUACCUGUAAAAACAUUGCUUAAUUGGGAUUUCAACCGGUAUCCAGUGUCUAACAGUAGUGCAACAUUUUUAAGUGAAAUACAAUAUCAUCCAUUGUUUAAUAUGAGGAGUAUUCAUCAUAAACUGUACAAAGCCAACAAGGAAAUGAACAAGUCAAAAAAAUUACGGUGGCAAAUUUACUAUCUGUAUCAUUAUUUAUCUACAUGCAAGUUUUACAAUAUUGAUGAACUAUCCAAAGACAUAUGGCCUCGUGUGUAUUUCUUUAAUAACAUUCACCUGUAUUCAUUUGCCGACCUUCUAGAGAUCUAUUCUGGUACUUUAUUAGAAUUUCUUGAGCGCAAAAUUGAAACUAGCCGAAACCACGUUUACAACUGUUUAGUGUGCAGUCAAAAAGGUUUUAUAUGUGAACUUUGCCGCGACCCCAAAAUCAUCUAUCCAUUUGACAUGGGAGAUAAUUAUCGGUGUCGCCAUUGCAAAUCAUUAUUCCAUCGUAAUUGUUUUAAAAAAGUAAAUGAAUGUCCCAAGUGUAAACGAGACAAAAUUAGAAAGAUGAAAAAAUCUUUGAACAAUGAAGAUGAAGAUAAAUAUGAAGAAAAAGAUGAUUGAAAAUUGUUAAAUUUAAUAUAGUUUAGUAAGAAC